AUGGCUGCCCAGGCGGCCACGCUGCCGCGGAUGGCAGCUGCUGCCACGGGCACGAGUCCGUAUGUGGCGCGCCCAUUAGGAGCUCUUCUCAAGCGAUCCGUUGCCUCUCCUCUCACCCCUGCCUCGAUAAUCUUCCCCGCUUCGACGGCGCUUUCACGUCGCCAGCCCUUCGUCCACUCACUACCCGGUACCACGAGUUCUAUGCGACUCAUGUCGACUUCUUCCCGGCUUCCUGCUUUCCGAAUCCGACCCUUCUUGACCCAGCCUAGCCGACACUUUGGCUCGAUGAACGGAGUACAACAAAGUCAACUUGCCAACAUCGAAGCAAGCGCCAACAAGGAUCCCGCGAACCCCAACCUCCAGAAUGCCUUCUACAAUCUUCUUCUCCGCGCAAACAUGCCUGGAAUCGUCGUUUCUCGCUAUCACUCUGGCCGUUAUGGAGCCAAUGCCGCUACCGAAGACAUCUACCACAGGGCCUUGGCCGCGGUGAACUCGGGCGCUAGUACAGCUACUGGUUCGUUCGCAGCUACAGGUGGUCAACCGGGACUCGAUCAUGCAAUUGGUAGUGCGAUCACGUCAAGCCUCGCGUCUGGAGAGGGACGAGGUGUGAAAGGCCGCCCUGUUUACGUUGUCCUCGAGGAAUCCACUGCAUCCAUGAUCUUUCGCUGGGUGAAAUUUCUUGCCACCUUCGUUGUCUUCACAUGGCUAUGCUUCUCUGCUGUCACUAUCCUGAUCGAGGUCUUGACAUCAUUCCGCCGCCCACAAACUGCCAAGACGGACUCGGAAGUUACAUCGGAAAAGCAGACUGCUCGGUUCAGCGAUGUUCACGGAUGCAAGGAAGCCAAGGAAGAACUCGAGGAGGUUGUGGAAUUCCUGCGCCACCCUGACAAGUUCUCCGACCUUGGAGCCAAGCUUCCCAAGGGUGUUCUUUUGGUUGGACCUCCUGGUACUGGUAAAACUCUCCUGGCUCGGGCUGUAGCUGGUGAGGCUGGAGUUCCAUUUUUCUACAUGUCCGGCAGUGAGUUCGACGAGAUUUUCGUUGGUGUGGGCGCCAAGCGCGUGCGCGACCUCUUCUCGAAUGCCAAGUCCAAGUCGCCUGCCAUCAUCUUCAUUGAUGAACUUGAUGCGAUAGGUGGGAAGAGGAACCCUCGUGACCAGGCGCAUGCCAAGCAGACGCUGAACCAGCUGCUUACGGAAUUGGAUGGCUUUGACCAAGAGGCCAGGAUUAUUGUUAUUGCUGCUACCAACACGCCCAAGAUGCUUGAUAAGGCUCUGACUCGUCCUGGACGAUUCGACAGACACGUGAACGUGGAUCUGCCUGAUGUGCGCGGACGUCUGGAUAUUCUUAAGCAUCAUGCCAAGAAGAUCAAGCUCGGACCUGAUGUGGACUUGGAAGCUAUUGCCGCUCGCUCACCCGGUCGCUCUGGCGCAGAGCUCGAGAACAUGCUCAACGUUGCCGCAUUGAAGGCCAGCAGGGCUAGAGCUUCUGUUGUCUCGAAACAGGAUCUGGAGUGGGCCUUUGACAGGGUCACAAUGGGUUCUGAGAAGAGGUCUAUGGUGAUCAAUGAGAAGGAAAAGGAAAUGACUGCCUAUCACGAAGCAGGACACGCCCUGGUUCAGCUCUUCGACAAGGAAAGCUCAACCAGACUCUACAAGGUUACUAUUUUGCCCAAGGGUCCUACUCUCGGUCACACCGCGUUUGUUCCACAGAUGGAUAAGUACUCGCAUACGGCAGCUGAAUACAUGUCAAACAUUCGCGUCGCUUUGGGAGGCAAGAUGGCCGAGGAGCUGAUCUUUGGAGACGACAAGGUUACCACUGGUGUCUCGGCUGAUCUUGAAAGCGCGACGGAUUUGAGCUUUGCCAUGGUUGCCAAAUUCGGCAUGUCUGCAGCCUUGGGCCCUGUUGAGUACGGCAAGCGGUAUGAGUAUCUUAGCUCUGACACACGAUCCAAGAUCGAGAUGGAGGUCCAAACGACAUUGAAGAAGUCAUACGAGGAUGUUAAGAUACUACUGACUGAGAAACGGAGGGAGCUUGACUUGCUGGCCCAAGCGCUCGUCAAGUACGAAACUCUCGAUAAGGCAGAGGUAGAAAAGGUCAUCCGGGGCGAGCAACUACCUCAUCGCGCCGUGGUACCUAAAGGGCCUAUCGUGGUUCCCAUCCCUGUCGACGCCCCAGAGCCGCCUUUUGGCGGAGUCGGCCAGCCGCACCCUCCCCAGGCUCCAGCACCACCUCCAGUCGCUACCGGCAGGUUGGGAAGCAACUGA